UAUUUAUAAUUUUAUACCUGAUUCCUGAACCUCAGAACCUGAUACAGUGAGGUGAGCAGUUGAGACUUGAGAGUGGCGGAGAGCAGAGAAUCAGAGAGAGGCUGAGGCGGUCCAGCUGGAGACUGAACAGUGGAGACUGGAGACUAGAGAGAGGCGGAGAGCACAGACUAGAGUGAAAGGUUAAAGAUGCAGCACGAUGAGGUCAUAUGGCAGGUUAUCAGGCACAACCACUGCAGUUUCAUGUCCAAAAUUACAACUGGAAAUUUCUGUAGAAAUCCCUAUAACGUGACCGGAAUUUGUAACCGGAGCUCAUGCCCGCUUGCUAAUAGUCGCUAUGCCACCAUUCGUGACCAUGAUGGAGUCUUCUAUCUUUAUAUGAAAACUAUAGAAAGAGCUCAUAUGCCAAACAAAUUGUGGGAGAGAGUUAAGUUGCCCAGAAAUUAUGAGAAGGCACUUGAGAUUAUAGACAAACAUCUGAUGUAUUGGCAGAAGACUCUUGUGCACAAAACAAAGCAACGAUUGACCAAGAUGACUCAAAUGCGGAUACGCAUGAGGAAGCUUGCUUUGAAAACAAGGGAGAAAAUAAUGACAACGCCAAGGAAGGAGAAAAAAAGAGAGGCUAGAAGAGAGGAAAAGGCUGAAAAGGCAGCAGCACUGGAUAAGAGUAUUGAAAAAGAACUGUUAGAACGCCUUCAGAAAGGAGUUUAUGGUGACAUAUACAACUAUCCUGUUAAAGAAUACAAUAAAGUUCUUGAUAUAGAAGAGGGUCAGGCUGCUAGUGAAGAUGAAGAUGAGAUGGAGCCUGAGAUAGAAUAUGUUGAGGGUUAUGAAGAUCUUGAUAUAGAAGAUGAUAUAGAAGAUUUUGGUGGUCUUGCAAUUGCUCGGUCUCGGAGGGACAAUGACAAUGUUGGGAUGGAUAGUGAUGAUGAAAAGGUUGAACCGGUUGCUGGAAAGAGAUUGAGGAAGGAAACUGCCUCAGCUUCGAGAAAGCUUGAGAAAGAUGGACAUGAUGGCAAAUCGAAGAAGAGAGCAAGGGUGCUUGUUGAGGUUGAGCAUGGAGACGCUGAUGAAAGAGAAAAGGUUAUCCACUGAGAGCUUGUAGCAUAUUGCUUCACUUGUUUGACCCGUAAACCAGGAAUGGAAGAAAUAUCCUUGUUAGGGGGGAUGUAGAGUAUGUUUCAAAGCUCCGUGGGCAAAGAGGGAAUCACCAAAGGAGAUAAAAAUUUUGAUAGCUCAUGAGUCAUGAUUGUAGUUGAAAGUGUUUUUUUUUUUUUUUUUUUUAAUACGAUGGUAGCUUUUCUUUAUUUUAUGUAGUUUUCUUUUAGCUUUUAAUUGUCUUCCUUAUUUUUGGGAUAAGGGGCUGUACAAUAGUAGCUUUCUCGAAUCUUUUUGUUCUCAGAUAUUUUUGUUUAUGUUGCUGCUGCUAAGAAAUGAAUGAAUCUUGUUCUUGCA